AUGAGCUCUACUACUACCAUGCCCACCAGCAAUGGUGAUGAUAAUAACAUGGACGAUGAUGACGAUGAUGGCUCUAAUAAUGUGAUUAUCUGUUCGUCCGAGUUUCUGACGGACGAUGUGGGAGACGAACAAGUCCGUGCACUGGCGGCAGCGUUGGCACCGCAGAUUCGUGAAUUGGAAAAUUUGAUGGACGAUCCUCUGUUUCGGUCGUCUCAUGAUGAUGAUAAUGACCAUGAUAAUGAUCAUCCCGUCAAUACGAAAGAGUCUACGCCACAAUCACUGAAACCACGUGAUUCCAAAGUGGUCAUUUCGGACGAUGAUGAAGACGAUGAAGCAGCACAAACUCCCAAGAAACCAAACGCAGCACAACCAGCGGAUGAUACUACUACUAUGAUUAGAGAUGAUGAUGAUGACAGUGAAGCCAUGAUGGAAGGAUUGGAUGACGAUGAUAUGGAUCAGGAAUUGGAACAAUUAGCAUUUGCCGAAGAUAUUUUGAGACGAGAACUCGAUUUGGCCAAGGAAUUUGCGUCUUUCUUUGGUUCUUCUCCCACACCUAGUUUGUUCUCUGCUUCUCCUGAUCCCAGUGGUGCUCUCGCAGGAGGAUUCCGCAAUAUGACUUUGGAUUUCACUACCAGUACUACUGCUACAUCUGCAGGGAUUGCUCCCACCAGUCUAUUUCAUACCGCCGUCAGUGCACCCGAUUUGACCACUGUCAAGUCCAAACCGGUUGUGGUUACCCAAAAAACAGAGGAAUCACAGCUACCCAUGGAUACUACUACUACCAGCAACAACCCACAAGCAAUAGUCAGUCCACCUUCCUCUCUGCAGCAGCCUUCAGCAGCAGCAGCAGCUCCCGUCGUCAUUCAACAAAUGGAAGCCGAUUUGGAUGGAGAUGAAGACGACCCGGACAUGCUCGUCGAACAACAAGACGCCAGUACCAAAGAAUUGAAAGAAAACAAUACAUCCUCCAAGUUUGAUCCCAAAUUGACACAACAGGAAACAUUACAUUUUGAUGCCGAAGCCAUGGAACAUAUUAUUAGCAAUCAUCAUCAAUCGAUUGGAAG